CGAUACUCCGCUCGGUUGUCUGCCUGCCUAUGUGUGAACUGACCCUCACGUUGCUCUUCUUUCACUUGACUACGAACCACCGUCCAUCGAGGAUGAACCGGAACAGCGCGCUCGUCACCGCAGUCUUCCUGAGCCUGGUCGUAUACGCGACUCAUGCGGAAGUCGUGCAUUGGCAUUCAUGUCCUGAGCCUAUUUCUACAAAUUGCGUCAUACACGAGGUACGCGUGGAACCGUGCGCAGAGGCCCUGGAAUCGAAGCCCUGUGGCUUGAAGAGAGGUCGCAAUGCGAGCAUAAGUUUCGACUACACCGCCGACUUCAGCGGCAAUGUGUUCAGCAGGGCGUACUGGGCUUCCGAACUCAUGGAUCUACCGUUCUUGGGCAUGCCACUCGACGCGUGUACGUCCACUGUUUGUCCGGUCCAGCCCGGUCAGAGGCAAACAUAUUCAGUAGUAUUGCCAAUAUCAAAGAAAUUCCCUACGCGAAAGUACGAUCUCAAGUGGAAGUUGUGGAACGAGCAGGAGAACAGUUGCUGUUUCAUGUUGGCCAUUAAAUUGCUGAAGUGACACUGUUGUUCUUAAAUCCAACGCACGUCAUUCUUCGCGAUGAUUAUAAUUCGCUGAUCGAUAAUUUAACUAAAUAAACGAUGUAUAUUCAUAUUGA